AGGAGCCAGAGCCCGAGGGGACCCGACUCCGUCUCCCCAGUCGCCGCCAUGCGCCACCCCGGGCCCACCUGCUGCGCGCUGCUGCUUGUCCUGGGGCUCUGCCGGGCGCGGCCCCGGAAUGUGCUUCUGAUCCUCGCGGAUGAUGGAGGCUUUGAGAGUGGUGCAUACAACAACAGCGCCAUCUCCACCCCUCACCUGGAUGCCUUGGCCCGUCACAGCCUCAUCUUCCGCAAUGCCUUCACCUCCGUCAGCAGCUGCUCUCCCAGCCGUGCCAGCCUACUCACAGGCCUGCCCCAGCACCAGAAUGGGAUGUAUGGGCUGCACCAAGGCCAACACCACUUCAACUCCUUCGACGCGGUGCAGAGCCUGCCGCAGCUGCUCAGUCAGGCCGGCGUGCGCACAGGCAUCAUUGGAAAGAAGCACGUGGGCCCGCAGGCAGUAUACCCAUUUGACUUCGCCUACACGGAGGAGAACAGCCCCGUCCUCCAGGUGGGGCGGAACAUCACUCGGAUUAAGCUGCUGGUCCGGAAGUUCCUACAAACUCAGGACGACAGGCCCUUCUUCCUCUACGUCGCCUUCCACGACCCCCACCGCUGCGGGCACUCCCAGCCCCAGUAUGGGGUCUUCUGUGAGAAGUUUGGCAAUGGGGAGAGCGGCAUGGGACGCAUCCCAGACUGGACCCCCCAGACCUACAGCCCCCAGGACGUGCUGGUGCCUUACUUCGUCCCUGACACCCCAGCAGCCCGAGCUGACCUGGUGGCUCAGUAUACCACCAUUGGCCGGAUGGACCAAGGGGUUGGCCUGGUGCUCCAGGAGCUGCGCGGAGCAGGUGUCCUGAAUGACACCCUGGUGAUCUUCACGUCUGAUAAUGGGAUCCCGUUCCCCAGCGGCAGGACCAACCUGUACUGGCCAGGCACCGCUGAACCCUUGCUAGUGUCAUCCCCGGAGCACCCAAAACGCUGGGGCCAGGUCAGCGAGGCCUACGUGAGCCUCCUAGACCUCACGCCCACCAUCCUGGACUGGCUCUCCAUCUCCUACCCCAGCUACACCAUCUUUGGCUCUGAGAUCGUCCGGCUCACUGGCCGGUCCCUCCUGCCAGCACUGGAGACAGAGCCGCCUUGGACCACAGUCUUCGGCAGCCAGAGCCUCCACGAGGUCACCAUGUCCUACCCCAUGCGCUCCAUACAGCACCGCAGCUUCCGCCUUGUGCACAACCUCAGCUUCCGGAUGCCUUUCCCCAUCGACCAGGACUUCUACGUCUCCCCGACCUUCCAGGACAUCCUGAACCGCACCGCGGCUGGGCAGCCCACGGGCUGGUACAAGGACCUUCACCACUACUACUACCGGGCACGCUGGGAGCUCUACGACCAGAGCCGGGACCCCCAUGAGACCCAGAACCUGGCCAGUGACCCACGCUUCUCUCAGGUUCUUGAAAUGCUGCAGGCCCAGCUGGCCAAGUGGCAGUGGGAGACCCACGACCCUUGGGUGUGUGCCCCUGAUGGCGUCCUGGAGGAGAAGCUCUCUCCCCAAUGCCAGCCCCUCCACAAUGAGCUGUGACAGUCUCUGGAGCCACCUUUCCUCCUUUCCCAUCCCAGAAACAUUCCCACAAGCAUUCUUGACUGGUGGUGGAAGGGACCACCCCAGGGCAAUGAUUCCCAGCCCUUCCAAGAUGCCUCUGCCUGGAAGGAAGGCCAGGUGUGUGUCCCAGGCUCUACUCUCCAGCGGUGCUGCCACCAUAGUAGAGGACACCACCGUCCUCAUGUCUGAACCGUACCCCAGCAUAGCAAUUCUAGGGGGGCUUUGGGGACAGGGCAGGGUCCUAAGCCCAUGAUGAGGGAGGCUGUUUGCCAGGUUGGUUUGAGGACCUGAAGCUGGAAGGACUAGAGACCCUCUUCAGUCUAUGGAACCAACAGGUAUUUCUGAGCCCUUCACCUGUGGAGAGGUGGGGGCUUCUGUGCCACAAGGCCAUGGGUGGCAGUGGGUCCAAAGCACGCUCAGUGUGACAAUGUGGCAUGUGUCUGUUACUAAGCUGUGGGCUGGAGGAAGCCUCUGAGCAACCCUGGGGCUUGUUACUGCCUCCUUUGGUUUGCCCCAAAGUCAGCUACCAGCCCCAGGAAGUCUUCUGAUGGCGGGAGCUCCCUGAGUGCUGAGUCUGCUCCUGUGGUCUUUCUGGGCAAAGCUCAUUCUUUUCAGAUUGUCCAGAGAUGAAGGUACACAGAUGCCCCCAUCCCUCUAGCUUGGGUUAUUCUCCUUGGAUGACAACAGCGUUGCAUGGACAAGGGGCUGUACCUACCGGGCCUCCACCCUCCACGGGGGCAGAAGCUUGGCAGGAAGGGACUCAGGUCCUCAGUGGGAGGCUCCCCUCACUCCUUCCUCCUCCAUUGAAUGCUGGAGGUGGGAAGAAAGCCGCAGGCCAGAGUAUUACAAAAGGUUUUUAUUUUAGUAAAAUAUGUAGAAGUUCAU